CAAUUCCUACCCACCUAACGUAAUCUUCAGAUCAUUUAGCCGGGGAUUCCGACUUUUGACUCACCCGAGUUGUUCAUACUCUCUCUCUCGCUCUCGUUGAGUCUUGAACCUGUGGCGUUGCGUGUGGAAUCAAUCCAUCCGAGUCACAGUUUCGAGCAGAAUGGCUGUUUCGGUGAAGCAGAUGGCCCUGAUUGUGGCCACUUUCGGUGUUCUGUCCUUCAUCUUGGGAGUGAUUGCUGAGAAUAAGAAGCCUGCAGCUGGAACUGUGAUUACCGGUAAAGAUGUUGUAAUUUGCAAGUAUCCAUCUGACCCUACCGUUGCUCUUGGGUAUCUGUCCUUUGCAUUCCUUGUGUUGUGCACCGUGGCGGGCUACUGGUCUCUGUUUUACCCGUACAAGGGAAGGUCCGUCCCUCAAUCAGCUUUUUUCCAGAAUACUAGCUUCGUCGUCUUCUUCAACAUUGCCUUGUUCGUGGGGGGGUUGGCAGCGGCUCUGCUGUUAUGGCCGACAAUUACUGAGCAACUGCACCAGGCGCACAAUGUUCACAAGAACCUCAGCUACACAUGCCCCACGGCCAAGACCGGUCUAUUCGGUGGUGGAGCAUUUCUGUCACUCGAUUCGGCUCUCUUCUGGCUUGUUGCCCUUAUGCUAGCGGACAACACCCGUGAGGAUUUCUUUGACGAGGUUGAUGGGCCCCGGAAGGAUGUUGAUCAAGGUCAGGUUCUCACAAACGAAUAUGAGGCGGAUGGGCAUAUCAAGGGGGUUGCCUAGUAAGUGUGAUCGGUUGGAAGGAUUUGGCAAACAUAAAAACUCUGUUAUUCGCUUUAGGCCCUCUAGGGAGCCCACUAGGGAUGCUGUAAAUGUCAGUUGCUACUUAAGAUAUGGUCAUCGAGCUCGGGACUGUUUUCUUAUUUUUAUAAAAUGCUAUGGGUUUAAUGGUUA